AUGGAGCCGGGCGCGCGCAUCUCGGUGCCCUGCCACCCCAAAAACGCCACCGCCCAGCCUAACGCCUCUUCCAGAAGCACCGGUGACCUCUUGGUCAUCUCCUUCCUCGGCUGCAGCCUGGCCACCGCGCGCGUGGCUGGGGUGGUGGGAAACAUCUCCACCUUGGUGGUCUCCGUGAGGUGCACCGGCUCCACGUACGCGUACAUCGUCGCCUUGGUCCCGGCCGACCUCCCGCGCUUACCCGCCGUCCCCUCCGUGCUCCGCACGUCCUUCGUGCAGGACCGGUACUUCGGAGACCUGGGCUGCAGGAUCCUCUUCAGCCUCACGCGCGCCAGCAUCUUCAUCCUCACCGUCGUCAGCACCGAGCACCACCUGGCCGUCGUCAGGCCUCCGGCCACCCUGCCCGGGUCGAGGGACCACCGGCGGGCGGCCACCUACCCGGUGGGGCCGGUAGCCUUCCUUCUCGCCAUGCCCACCCCAACCCUCAUCGACCCGCGCGCCGGCGGCAGGGCGACCGAGCGUACGUGCCACCCCAGGCGUCGGAUGGGGACGUGCGAGGUGUAUCUUGCCAUCCUCUUCGACACCCGCAUCCUCGCCCCGGGCACCGUCGUCUGCUGCUUGUACGCCGAGCUGCCCGGGACCUGCCGGCGGUCCCAGCGGGCUCUUGUUCUCAGCACCGAGGAAACCCGCCGAUGUCCCAGGCAGAAGGUCCCGCGUGUGGUCUUCAGCACCGGGCUCGCUUUCUCCCUUCUGCCGGGGCACGCGGUGCUGUUGGCGCCUGUGGGAGGCCGGUAA